AUGAUUGACGACACCCAAGAUAUUGGAAAUGGCGAGGUGUCGCCUCGCGUUUCUCUCUUUUCAGAGAUUGACAAUAUCAUGAAGUACCAAGUCGUGCGCGCGCAUGCAGAGCGCUGGAGCCAAAAUCUUCAUUUCCUUACGUACGACGAUUCUCACGAUGAUAAUGGGGAGCCGGGUCAAUCUCAGCUACCACAUGAGAGCAAUAGUGCCACCCAGUGCGUAACAGGUCAAUGUAAACGAUGCGAGCGACGAACUCCUGUUCCUUCUGGGCAUCAGUGCCAAUCCCAUUUUUCUUUCAGUGGAGGCCACUAUGAAGAAGAGGAUGUUCGAGAAAAAGCGCUGGAGGAAUACUCGAAUCCUUGCGUACACGUCAAAGCAUUAACGUGUGAUGAAUGUCAGCAUGUCCCGCUCUUUCCUAAUGAGGGUCCUGUCACCUGUUUCAAAAUCCGCCAAAUUCCCCGCAGCUCCUUGAUCAGGUGUCGACAUUUUGUUGCUGUUUCGUACUGUUGGUCAGACGCGGACUCAUCUACACAAGACGCCUAUAAUGUAAUCGACGAGAACGGCAAGCACCGUAGGAUUCGAGCGACUGGAUCGGUCAUUGAUCGAGUAGUGAAUUUUGCUAGGGAAAAUGGAUAUCGGAUGAUCUGGAUUGAUCAGGAAUGUAUUGAUCAAGAUGAUCCCGAAGUGAAAGCAUUGGCUGUUCAGGCGAUUGAUCUGGUCUAUCUCGAAGCGCAUGCGUCGAUUGGUCUGCUGCGAGCUCAGCUUCAACAAAAACACCUGAACGCAUUGGCUAUCACUUUCGAAAACAUUUGUGACACUUCAUUCAAAAAGCGUCGCGGAAUUACAGGAUUCAAAGGCCCUUGUGUGCUCGAUCCGAACACCCUCCUCGAGGCAAUAUCAUUCAUCGCUAAUGAUAAGUGGAAUACUCGUGCAUGGGUUCUUCAGGAAGCAUUUGUCUCUAGUGGCAACAUGAUGUUACUCUUCCCGCAGAAAACAGACUCUAGAAGCGCAGGAUGGACGAUGAUUUGUCAUGAGAUGUCGCUAUCGGAACUUGUCAUCAGGUUAGAUGUCAUAGUAGAUUGCAUCAAAUGUUCUCUCAGAUAUGUUGUCCCGAAAUUAUGGAAGCAUAUAGCGGACGCUGAGAAGCCAAAACGAACGCAAAGUACACAGAAAGGAGGCGCUCAAUCAUCCUCGGACCUAAGGACGACUUUGAAACGAAUCACCCUGUUCCAUCCGGAGAGGCCAGCGAGGGCGAGCAUUGCCCAAUUCACGGUGAACGGCAACAGAAGACAGAUGACAUGCAGCGCUGCUGCUGCGCUCACAUACCUCCGGCUACGUGACUGCUACGACAAGGCUGAUAAGCUCGCUAUCACAGCAAAUAUGUGUGGCUAUCCAUUAAGACUCAAUACAGUUGAGUUAGGUCAGAGGCAAAAGAGUCUAGGUACCUGCCUUAUAGCGUUAAGUCUUUGUAACGGAGAUACCUCAUUGAUCACACCAGAGGUAUACAGAUCGGUUCCUACGAGAAGUAUUACCGAUCUCACAAGACAGAAUUCUGACCAUGAAUUCACCUGGAAUCGUGAUUUUAACUCACGCUUGGCAGACGUUUACUCGCAAUCGUUCAACACAUUUGGGUCUACAGCAGCCCCGGGCACAGGGAAUCGGGUGGAUAUAGGGCAAUCGGGUCUCGGGUUGAUGGGAAACUCCUGGAAAAUAAAUCGAUUCAUCGAGUGCCACAAACUUCAACAAAAAUAUCGCGAGUCGUGGACGGAUCUUAACAAAAACCUCAACACAGCAACAGCCGAAACAAUGUGGUUAGCCACGACGCAUCUGCUGUUUGAGAUAAUCAAUGCUCUUAAAUCACGUGGCGAAAUCCAGGUGGCCGACUCGAUCUUAAACUCCACGUCAAGCGCUCAGAUAGAAUCUGUAAAUGAGUUCUCGCCUGGACUUUGUGUCGAAAAUCGGAAAGGCAUGUUCUCACUCCACAGCGAUGGUAACGGGAGAUACCAUCAGUGUUGGAUAAUUGACCGAGUUAUGGAGAAGGGCGGAUUCUGGGUAGGUAAGCUCGUGGAAGAUGCAAUUCCUCGCCCCUUGGCGCGAAGCGAGCAAGAUGAUUCGAAAUACAUGCCCGCAAGGAAUGAGGGUGGACAUAUGGCAGAGCUGGUUUCUUACCAGAUGUUGAGCGACCUAUUGACUUUAGAAAGAAUCAAGGAUCAGAGGAGAGAAUUGGAGAACCAAGUCUCCACAGAUUCUUUCAGGACAUUCCAAAGUGACAUCAUGGUUUCGUUAGCUCUAUCGUUGAGUAAUCUGGCGCGCCAUCCGGAUUUUUUCAGGGAUAUGGAAGACAGACAAGGCAUCUUCGAUGUGGACGGUGAUACUUCUGGAAAUUGUUUGGUGUUCACGCCUUUCAACAUGAAUCUGGAGGUAAUACCUCGACCUGAGCUACGCAGCAUGAGCGUUUCGUGGCAGGUACAACCCGUUUCAGAUACUUUGGAGGAUAAGAUUGAGAGCAAACCAGCCAAAAAGAUGAGGACACUCCAAAGUGUGAAGGGUAUGUGGAGAUACACUUCGAAAUGUUAUCAUCGGGUUUACCUUGUGUAAAUGAGAAAUAUUUGGAUGCGAAUCAUGCACCUAAUCCUCCCUCAGUAGUCACGGCAAAUAUAAAGCACAGUGGUGUCAAUUCUCUCGACGUUAGAGUUUUUCGCCUUGAUCACGAAUUUGGCAAUCUGAGUUCAUCCCGAACAUACCUGUAUUCCUGCUU